UACAGGACACUACACAGAAGCUGUACGGAAGAGUAGUUGGACAAGACAGCAAUCGCUGUGUAGUGAAGCACUUAUGAGCAACCCGUGUUGUAGGCCAAAAAAUCAGCAGGCCAUGGAUAAUAAGAGUGUAGUGUUCAAACAACAUUCUGAAAGUGCCAGCCCUGCUCUGAAGAAUGGUGGUGUGUUUGCACCACUUCCCCUCCAACCAUCUUUAGAAGCUUUUGCAGUACCUCUCCCAGGAGACGAUGACGAAGAUGAAGGUCUUCCAACGUCGGAGAACAUGAUUGAGAGAAAGCCUAUCUAUGAGCAGAAGGAGUUGAAGAAACAGCAUCACGGAGAACAGGACAAGGCAGCAGAACAUACCUUGUACAACCAAUAUGAGAGGAAGAUCCGACCCUGCAUUGAUCUCAUCGACAGCCUAAGAGCUCUCGGAAUAGAAAAAGACCUGGCUUUGCCCGCGAUUGCAGUGAUCGGAGACCAGAGCUCUGGGAAAAGCUCCGUCCUAGAAGCCCUGUCUGGUAUUGCUCUUCCCAGGGGCAAUGGCAUUGUUACUCGAUGUCCCUUGGAACUUAAACUGAAAAGAAUACCUGCCACCCAGGCAUGGAAAGGGAGAAUUUGUUACCGCAAUAUCAGCAAAGAGCUCCAGAAUGCCUCUGAGGUGGAGAAAGCAAUAAGAGAAGCCCAGGAUAUUGUGGCUGGUACUAGAGGUGCCAUUAGUGGACAACUCAUUUCCCUAGAAAUUUGGUCCCCAGAUGUCCCAGAUCUGACACUAAUUGAUCUUCCUGGAAUUGCCAGAGUGGCCGUGGGCGAUCAGCCAAAAGACAUUGGGGAACAGAUCAAAAUGCUACUGAAAAAAAUUAUUGGCUGCAAAGAGACACUCAAUUUGGUAGUGGUGCCAUGUAACGUGGAUAUUGCAACAACAGAAGCACUGAAAAUGGCUCAAGAGGUGGACCCCAGUGGAGAAAGGACACUAGGGAUCCUCACGAAACCCGACCUGGUGGACAGAGGGACUGAAGAGUCUAUCAUUAACAUAAUACGAAACCAGAUCAUCCCCCUCAAAAAAGGUUACAUGAUCGUGAAGUGUCGUGGGCAGCAGGACAUCCAGAACAAGCUGUCCUUGGCCACUGCAAUCCAGCAGGAGAGAAAAUUCUUCGAGACUCACAAACAUUUCAGCGUUCUUAUUGAAGAAAGAAGGGCUACUAUCCCUCAUCUGGCAGAGAAGCUCACAAAUGAACUUGUGAGACAUAUUAUUAAAACUCUGCCAACACUAGAGAGUCAAAUACGUGAGGUACUUCAGAAAACAAUACGGGAUCUACAAAAGUAUAGAAGAGGCACACCCACAACAGAGUCUGAGCAGCUGAUUUUCCUCACAGAUCUGAUCAAACUCUUUAAUCAAGACAUCUCUCAGACAAUAAACGGAGAGGAAGAGAUGUUUGGAAAUGAAGUCAGACUGUUCGCAAAAAUCCGCAGAGAGUUUCAAACAUGGGCAGUGAUUCUCCUGGAGUGUGCUGCAAAGGCUAAAAAAAAUGUACCCAGUAAAGUGUGGAAAUAUGAAGACCAGUAUCGUGGCCGGGAGUUCCCAGGCUUUACCAGUUUCAAGACAUUUGAGGACAUUAUAAAAAAGGAAAUCACAGAAAUGGAGCAGCCAGCCAUCGAGAUACUGCACAAUGUGAUGAGAUUGGUGGAAGAGAAAUUUAUGGAACUCACUGACAAGCAUUUUGCUAAUUUCCACAAUCUAAACAGAGCUGUUAAGACCAGAAUUGAAGACAUUAGAGAGAAACAAGCACUGGAGGCUGAAAGACAGAUCCAGACCCAGUUUAAAAUGGAGAGAAUCAUGUACUGCCAGGAUAACCUUUACCUUAAUGAUUUAAACUCUGUUAAGGUAGGUCAAGACCCCGCCUUUGUCCAGGAGAUGCUUUCUCACACGAAGGCCUAUUUGAAUGGAGCAAGUAAACGCCUCUCCAACCAGAUACCUCUGAUCAUCCUGUCUUCUGCCCUUCAUGACUUCGGGGACAACUUACAGACUGCGAUGUUGCAUCUUUUGCAAGAAAAAGACAAAUUAAGCCAUCUCCUUCAGGAGGACAGUGAAGCUGCUAAGCAUAGGAACUUCCUCAGUCAACGAGUCAAACGUCUCACCGUAGCCUGCCAGUACCUGAGAGACUUCAGCUCGCUGUAG